AUGAAGUUCAUCCCUGCUGAUGGUUCUUGUCCUCGUGCCUGCUACUUUUUGCCGAGCUGCCACAGUGCACCCACGUUCCUUCGCUGGGUCGCGCUCAGAAAAUUUCUUGGUGGGGAGUUUCUGAAGCUGGGACGGCUUGCGCAGCGCCUUGACCAGGACGCGGCAUCACUGACUACCAGCAAUGGCAUUCCCUACUGCGGCAUCUGCAAGCUGUCCACAACCGCGGUACGAGGGUACUUACACGAAGGCUUGCCGGAGUCUGUCAUUACCGCCUUGCUGCGAGAAGGCUGCGGAACCCUGGGCAUCGAAACUCCUCGCGUGUGUGCAGGUCUCGUCCAGCUCUUCAAGGAUGAGUUCUUCUACGUGCUUGGGCACACUACAAUGACUCCGGCCGAGAUUUGCGGCAUAGUCUUCCCAGACGAGUGUCCACCCAGCGGUGUCCUUAACUGGACAGUCCCGUUGCCAGCGAGGCCCAAGCCCCCGUGA